CUGUUAAUUAUUAUUACAGAAAAGUCCUCAAGUCUACUGCCAACUUCGAAGCUCACAUACAUGAUCACAUCCGUUAUUUGGCGAAAUUGUUGAAUAUGCACACGGAGAAAGUUGAUUAAUGUAAUAAUGUUGCCGGUUUCUGAAUAGAUAAGCCAACAAUAAAGAUCGCAAACUUAUCUUGAAGACACUGUCGCAACAGAGUUUCUUUAAAGAGAAAAUGCCCGUGGAAAUUCGAAAACUGUCUCCUAAUGAGAAAAGUGAUAAAAUUAACGCUGCGUUUUUCGGGAUUUACAAGAAGGUUCCAGAAUUUUACGUACGAGUGCCCGGCAGGGUGAAUUUAAUUGGAGAACAUAUAGAUUAUUGCGGAUAUGGCGUCUGUCCAAUGGCUCUUGAGCAAGACAUGUUUCUAGCGGUUGCAACCACCAAUGAGAAGAGACUAAUAUUGCACAACUUUGACCAGAAAUAUGAAGGCUUCGAGUGCGAACUAGACGAAGUCAAAAUAACUUUAACCGACUCGGCUCCGAGAUGGUACCAGUACUACCUUUGCGGCCUAAAAGGCAUAUUGGAAUCGCUCAAUGAGAGCCAGAAGAACCACAUCAAAGGUCUUCAGGUGGUGGUGAGUGGUACCAUUCCUCAGAGUGCUGGCCUAUCCAGUAGCAGCGCUUUAGUCAGCUCAGCUGCGCUUUCUGCUGCUCAUGCAUUCAAACUAUCGCUGCCCAAGGAAGAACUAGCCAAUCUUUGCGCAGCAUGCGAACGAUACAUCGGAACCCAAGGAGGAGGCAUGGACCAAGCAAUUGCCUAUUUGGCCAAAGAAGGCUGUGCUAAGCUGAUUGAAUUCGAGCCACUGAGAUCCACGGAAGUAAAGCUUCCUUCUGAUGCUGUCUUCGUUAUCGCCCACAGUUUGACCAACCUAAACAAAGCAGCAACUGGCGACUUUAACUGUAGAGUUGUUGAGUGUAGAUUAGCAGCGCAGAUAAUUGCAAAGAAACAAGAACUGGACUGGAGGAAAAUGAAGCGUCUAGGCGACCUGCAACGGGCGUUGGGCCUAAAUCUGGAUGAAAUGAUAGUCCUGGUCAAAGCGAGUCUAAGGGAAAUGCCAUAUAGUAAAGACGAUGUUAUCCAGGAGUUAAAUACUACUUCCAGUCUGCUGGAUACGGUGUCGCUGACUCCGAAUACGCGUGAUAUACAGCGCUUUAAGUUAUACCAGAGAGCCCUGCAUGUGUUUAAUGAGGCCAAGCGAGUUGAGGAAUUCUUCAACACCUGCCAGACUGGCUCUGGAGGCGAAGCCACUUUGAUCACUCUAGGAAGACUUAUGAGCGAAAGCCACCAAAGUCUUCGCGAUUUGUAUGAAUGUAGUCAUCCUCAAUUGGACCGAAUUGUCGACUUAGCAAAAGAAUUUUCGUUUGGCACCCGAUUAACAGGGGCAGGUUGGGGCGGUUGCACCGUUUCCCUAGUGGCGCCUCAAAACGUCGAAAAAAUGAGAAACGCCCUCAUCCAGAACUUCUACAAGCCUCUAGGAGUGACCGAUGGUUUUGAGUCCAUCGUCUUCACCACUGCCCCCAAAGCAGGCGCUUGUAUCUAUACAAACUCGGUGUGAAAAUGUUAAAUAUGUGAAUAAAACCGGGCCAGCAAA